AUGGGUAGAUAUCAUAAGCUUAUUUGGAUUGUGAACGUAUGGGCCGUAGUUAUAUAUGUAAUAGAUGCAAAACCAACAAUAAAUUAUGAAAGAAAAACACCAGAUUCCAGGGACUUAGACACUGCGGGUUCUUCGUAUUCUCAUCAAUAUUACGAUUGGGGCGGAAAUAACCCAGGUGGAUAUAGCUUUGGCGUUACUGGUAAUGGAGUGUUAGACGAUCCAAGAUUAGAAUACGAUUCUAGACCAAACACUAUAAAUGAUGGCUAUUAUCCUGAAGUUGAUAAAAAUAAUUACAAUAGAGAUGUUGGUUAUCACAGCUUAGGUGGGUUUGGAGGUUAUGGAGGAAAUGGUGGUAAUGGGGGCCUGAAUUCGUACUAUGGUUAUAAUAAUCCACAUUAUCAAGAAGCCAACCAUCUUGGUUUUGGGUACUAUAAAAAGUUUGGAAACGGGAAUAUUUAUAGCAGUGGCGUAACACCGAACUUGGUAGUAGGUUAUCGUGGGUAUUCAAGACGAUAG